CGGGAUUAUGUAAAUGAGAGGAUCGUGGCGGAGCCGUCCUAUUGGUCGCAAAGACUAGGCUUUGGUCUGGCCAAUCAAAGCGUCCCGGAGACAAGCGCCGUUCUAUCUAUAAAAGGUGAAGCGCCCGCUCGUGGGGCAUUUCUCUGGCAGCUUCUCUUGGCGCUUCUUAGUCAGUUUUUGCAGUCAUGUCUGGGCGUGGCAAACAGGGAGGUAAGGCUCGCGCUAAAGCCAAGUCCCGGUCGUCCCGCGCCGGCCUGCAGUUUCCGGUUGGUCGGGUACACCGCCUGCUGCGCAAAGGCAACUAUGCCGAACGGGUCGGGGCCGGCGCGCCGGUCUACAUGGCUGCGGUGCUGGAGUACCUAACGGCUGAGAUCUUGGAGCUGGCGGGCAACGCCGCCCGCGACAACAAGAAGACGCGUAUCAUCCCUCGCCACCUGCAACUGGCCAUCCGCAACGACGAGGAGCUGAACAAACUGCUGGGCAAAGUCACCAUCGCCCAGGGCGGCGUCCUGCCCAACAUCCAGGCGGUGCUGCUGCCCAAGAAGACGGAAAGUCACCAUAAGGCGAAGGGCAAGUAAGCCCAGCGUCUCGAAGCCGUCUGCCCUAGUUCUCCCGCCCCUGGCCGCGGAGGCGGCCUAUGAAAUCAAAGGCUCUUUUCAGAGCCACCCACACUUUCAGAUAAAGAGUUGUUGCAGCCGCCCGUGUCCCGGAGGAGCGUUGCGCUCUGUCACGCCGAGUGUGGCUGGAGUGCCUUUCCCCCCC